UUUCGCGUCGCGCUUGAGAAGGCUGAAGUCUAAACAGCGGUUCAGUCUUGAGAGGACUGGCAAGUUAUGAUGGUGAGAGCUCCCUGUUCGUCUUCUCGUCGCCCUUCCCGGUUCUGUGGACGGAAGGAGCAGCCAAUGGCCUGAACACAGCCCUGUCUGCGUUUUCCUCACCGCAGGACGAGCCCACUCACCAACUCACAGGAUCGUAGUGCGGAUACUCCAAGGACAUUUUAACGUUUCCACAGCUUUUGGCCUUUUCAGUCGAUUGAGGAAAUCCAGCGUGUUGCUGUCCCGCGCAAUGAUGUUGCCAGAUUUUGUAAACAUGGGGAGAACCUGCGGUUGGUUUCAUGUAGCUCACCCCCGGGGCUGAUGAUGUGUCUAAGGGUGUCAUUUUUAAACGUCGUACCCGCAUCCCUUCCUCUGCCGAGGGGACAGACAAACAAACAGACGGACGAGCCAGUGAACGGAAAUCAGCCAUUGACUUUUGUUGCGCUCCGUUCGGCCAUGGCAUCGCUGAGCUCGGAGGCUGCCUCAUGCUGAAGGGAUAUCUGUGUUACUGGAAGAAGGUGGUGGCCAUAAAACCCAGAGGAGAGACUGAUGAACUUUGAAUCCCAGACUGCUGCUGCUGCUGCUGCUGGAGGAGGAGGAGGAGGAGUGUGUUGAAGGCAGAUGUGCAUCGGGUUCAGGAACUAUCCAUGCAGACUUCAGUCGGUGAUCUGACGAGUCACAUAUAGGAGUAACCGGAGCCUCUCCUCUUCCCUCUCCCCAUCCCUUCCCUAACCCCUCCCUCCCCCUUUCCCCAUUUCCUCGUCACUCUUCUUCCUGAUUCCCCUCUUACCCCCCUCUGCUCCAAGAUUCACCAUGCUCAUUAAGGAGUAUCGCAUCCCCAUGCCCCUGAGUGUGGAGGAGUACCGCAUUGCCCAGCUCUACAUGAUCCAGAAAAAGAGCAGAGAAGAGAGCUGCGGUGAAGGAAGUGGGGUGGAGAUCCUUGAGAAUAAGCCCUACACAGAUGGACCAGGUGGGGUGGGUCAGUACACCCAUAAGGUCUACCACAUAGGCAUGCACAUUCCUGGCUGGUUCCGCUCCAUCCUGCCCAAAGCUGCUCUGAGGGUUGAAGAGGAGUCCUGGAAUGCCUACCCUUACACCCGAACAAGAUACACCUGUCCGUUUGUUGAGAAGUUCUCCAUCGACAUUGAGACUUACUAUAAGCCUGACACAGGCAACCAAGCUGAUGUCUUUAACUUAUCUGCAGCAGACAAGAGGCAAACAACUAUUGACGUAAUCGACAUAGUGACAGAUCCCAUCCCUCCACAUGAGUACAUUUCAGAGGAGGACCCGAAGCUUUACAAGUCAGCCAAGACCCAGAGGGGGCCCCUGCAGGAUGACUGGAUAGAGGAGUACAACAACAACCCAGGGAAGACUCCCAUCAUGUGUGCCUAUAAACUUUGCAAAGUGGAGUUUCGCUACUGGGGCAUGCAGUCCAAGAUUGAACGCUUCAUUCAUGAUGUUGGGCUCAGAAAGGUUAUGGUGCAUGCCCACCGGCAGGCCUGGUGCUGGCAGGAUGAGUGGUAUGGCCUAACCAUGGACGACAUCAGGCAGUUGGAGCUGGAAACCCAAUUGGCCCUGGCCAGGAAGAUGGCCAAGUUCCUCCAUGGCGAGGAGCUCACCGAAUCCUACGGAACCACAGUGUCUCCAGACAAAGAGCAGGAGGCCAAAGAGGCAAUCAGCUCUAUCGAGGCAGAGGAAACGGCCACCAGAUCAGUAGAGACUCUGCAGCCACGAGGCGUCCUCACCAAGCAGUGGUCCACCUCAUCCAGAUCCUCCCGCUCAUCUAAGAGAGGAGUGAGUCCGUCACGUCACAGCAUCUCAGAGUGGAGGAUGCAGAGCAUAGCGCGCGAUUCAGACGACAGCUCGGACGAGGAAUUCUUUGAUGCCCAUGAGGAUCUCUCGGAUGGUGAGGAGGUUUUCCCAAAAGAAAUUGCCAAGUGGAACUCCAACGACUUCAUGGACAAGAUUGAAACUGUGGACACGGAGGAAAGUCCUGAGAACUUUAAGGAAAUGAGCGUCGAUUAUGACAGAGCUUCGAGUGAGGACAGACUGGAUGAGAUGCGUGACUCUCUUAGCGGCCACGCCGAUAGCUCUCCUAUCCCCACCAUCACGGUAACGAGGCACCAGUCAGAGAGUUCGCCUCAGCAGAGUCUGCAGGCUUCCAAGAUCCACGUCUUGAUACUGGUUCUGCACGGAGGGAACAUCCUGGACACGGGCGGAGGGGACCAGAACAGCAAGCAGGCCGACGUCAACACCAUCAGCACAGCGUUUGACACAGUCAUGCGUGUUCACUACCCCGCUGCGCUCGGCCGCAUCGCCAUCCGCUUGGUGCCCUGCCCCGCCAUCUGUGCCGAGGCCUUCUCUCUGGUGUCUAACCUGAGCCCUUACAGCUAUGAUGAGGGAUAUCUGUCCAGCAGCCAGGACCACAUCCCGCUCGCAGCUCUACCUCUGCUGGCCACCUCGUCUCCACAGUACCAGGACGCCUUGGCCACUGUCAUUGUUCGCGCCAACCAGGUGUAUUCUGAGUUUAUUAAGUCUCAGGAUGGAGCGACCUUCUCUGGCCAGGUUUGCCUCAUUGGGGACUGUGUGGGAGGAAUCCUGGGGUUUGAUGCUCUCUGUAACAGCACCCCCACGGUAAAUGAAAGCCAGAACAGCAGCCGCAGAGGCAGCGUCAUCAGCGUGCAGGACCAGGACCUUCUCUCUCCCGGCAUCAUCAUCAACAGCGGACAUGGGUCAUCAUCCCCAACACUGGAGAGCAGCCGCCACCUGAGUCGCAGUAACAUUGAUAUUCCUCGUGUCACUUCAAGCGAUGACACCAAGAGGCAGCUGCCCCGUAAGAGAAGCGACUCGUCCACCUACGAACUGGACACAAUUAAACAACACCAAGCUUUUCUGUCCAGCUUGCACUCUAGCGUCCUUAAGAGCGACGCAGCGUCCCGCAGGUCGAGCAGCAGCACCAUGCUGGACGGAAGCUCCCUGGGGAAGUUUGACUUUGAGGUGUCAGACUUUUUCCUGUUUGGUUCUCCGCUGGGCUUGGUGCUGGCCCUGAGGAAGACUGUGAUCCCUAUGCUGGAUGUGGCCCAGCUGAGGCCGGCCUGUCAGCAGGUCUAUAACUUGUUCCACCCAGCUGAUCCCUCUGCCUCCCGCCUGGAGCCUCUGCUGGAGCGGAAAUUUCACCUCCUCCCUCCUUUUAGCGUUCCCCGUUACCAACGCUUCCCCCUUGGAGACGGAAACUCGGCCUUGCUGGUGGAGACAGUCCAGAGCAACGCUCAGCUGCUACUCGAUAGCGGGCCCCCCCUGUCCUUUCGCUGUCAGGAGACCAUCAGUGAGACCUGCAUUCCUGUUCCUGUGCUAAACUGGCAGGAGAACUCCCUGAAAGCCACACCCGCCACCUUGGAGUCGGAUGUUGUUCAGUCUCAUGGUGGUGUCUUCAUGGACAGUUCGUACCCCUCAUCCCCCAUAAUGGGCCCCUUCUCCAGGGGCCAACGGAGGGCCAGUGAGAUCAGCAUUGCCAGCCAGGUCUCAGGAAUGGCAGACAGUUUCACUGCCACCAACAUAGCCAACACCAAAUCAGAGCAGAUUAGCCAAUCCAAUAAGAUCAGUCUGUUCUCCCAACUUGCCCUAACAUCCCAAAACUUGUUCUCCAUAAAAAAUCCUCUGAAGUCCUAUAAAAAAGCCGAGGGUGACCUGACUGACGAAGAUCUGAGUUUUCACACGGAGACAGAUUCAGGCGAAAGUCUAAGUUCCAUCUACCAGUACGACAGCAUUGAAUCAUGCAGGCUGGACUGUGCUAUAAGUGACCUGGUGUCGCUGGACUGCCAAGCUGAAGUUGAUGAAGUUGCAGCACGCUGGUGGGGCACAAAGCGCCUGGACUUUGCUCUGUACUGCCCCGAUGCUCUGACUGCCUUUCCCACAGUGGCUUUGCCGCACCUCUUCCACGCUUCUUACUGGGAAUCCACAGAUGUUGUGUCUUUCCUCCUGAGGCAGGUCAUGAGGCAUGAAAACUCCAGCAUUCUGGAGCUGGAUGGGAAGGAAGUGUCGGAGUUUACCCCCUCUAAGCCUCGGGAGAAGUGGCUCCGGAAGAGGACUCACGUCAAGAUCCGGAACGUGACUGCCAACCAUCGAGUGAACGACGCCGUGUUCCCUGAAGACAGCCAGCAGGUCAUCACAGGUCGCUUCAUGUAUGGCCCUCUGGACAUGGUGACUCUAGCUGGGGAGAAGGUCGACCUUCACAUCAUGACCCAGCCUCCGUCAGGAGAGUGGGUGUUCUUCAGCACACAAGUGACCCAAAGCAGCGGCCGCGUGUCGUUUAACAUCCCAGAGGAGAAGCGUCUGGGCAUCGGAGUCUACCCUGUAAAAAUGGUUGUCAGAGGCGACCACACGUUUGCAGACAGCUACCUGACUGUUGUUCCACGUGGCACAGAGUUUGUGGUGUUCAGCAUCGACGGGUCGUUCGCCGCCAGUGUCUCAAUCAUGGGUAGCGAUCCAAAGGUCAGGGCAGGAGCUGUGGACGUCGUCAGACACUGGCAGGAUUUAGGUUAUUUGAUCAUCUAUGUGACGGGGCGUCCAGACAUGCAGAAGCAGCGGGUGGUGGCCUGGCUGUCUCAGCACAACUUCCCACACGGCAUCGUCUCCUUCUGCGACGGAUUAGUCCACGACCCGCUCAGGCACAAGGCCAACUUCCUCAAAACACUGACAGAGUCUAAUAUGAAGAUCUUUGCUGGAUAUGGAUCAACCAAAGACAUCUCUGUCUACACCUCCAUCGGCAUUCCUCCUUCUCAGAUCUACAUCGUCGGCAGACCCUCGAAGAAGAUGCAGAACCAGUGCCAGUUCAUCACAGAGGGGUACGCGGCCCAUUUGUCCCAGCUGGAGUACAACCACCGCUCUCGGCCCGCCAAGUCCAGCAGCGCGCGGAUGGUCCUGCGUAAGGGAAGCUUCGGCCUGGGCGCCAACAGCGACUUCCUGAGGAAAAGGAACCACCUGCUGCGCACCAUCUCCUCCCAGCCGGCCCCCAGCUCCCCGACGGGCAACUUCCACAACAGGCCCGAGCGCACGCAGAGCCAGUCGGACAGCGAGCGGCUGGAGCGGGAGCGGCUGGAGCGGACCCACAGCCACGGCCCGGGGGCGUCGCAGCGCAGCAUGAGCAUCACGGCGAGCUGCUGGGGCCGCAGCGGCAGCACCAAGCUGGAGCCGUUCCCGUUCAACCCCAAAUGAGAGUACAGGCUCUGGGAGAACGAGCGCGGAGACAGAAACUCUGUGGGUUUGAACCAAGUGGGUGAAACACCACCGAGGGGGGAUCUGGUGUUACAGACCACUUAUCAGAAAUUAAAUGAUUUUAGUGGAGACUGUGGCAGUUUUGUUGUUAUUGUUUUAAACCAGGCAAAUCCUCCUGAAGCGACAUGUUACACAAACAUAAAUUAAUUUAAAUGGUUUCUUCUGUUCAGUGAAUAUUGUUCGGUCAUGAAUAUAAGGUCAGAACUCCUCCUGUAGGCUGUUAUACUUGACUACACACAAUGAAGCACCUCCAUGACAUAAGGGAAUUACUCUGAUUCUGCUCUGCAGCUGACAGAUUUGGCCAAAGCAAGCACAGAAACGGCAACAGAGACUCACUUUCCGUGCUGCAGAUUUUAAGCAUCAGCCCUUUUAUUCUGUAAAUCUGUGAAAGCAGAGCUGAGACUUGAUUAACACUGGACUGCUGGGCGCUUUUAUAAAUAAGUGUUACUUAUUUAGGAAAGAAUUAAUGAAAAUGAAUCUAAGCCAAACAGAAAUUAUUUAAGCAGACGCCUGAAACGGCCAAGACUAAAAGUUUUACACUCCAGUUUUCCUCACACCACAACUCAAAGAAUCCCGCAGCGCAAACUCUGAACUGACCCUUUAAAUAUGAUUAAAGCCGGAUCUCUACUGCACCUGAUGUUUGACUCAACUUUAGGAAAAACCUCUACUGUACAGCAAAGGUGCCAAAAUAAGCAGUGUAGAACAAUAUGCUUUAUCUGAGCAGAGAGGAUCACAUAAAGGUCUUCUGUGUAUAAAAACAUGAAAUAAAUUGUGUAAGUAUAUUGCUAAGCGCCUGAAUGAGGCCUGUACAUAGUUGUUGCAUCAUGGUGCAGAUCUGGCAUCUGGUCCACUGAAGACCAGUAUAAAGUGUCUUCUUUACUAUGAGGGUGACAUGAUUGAUAAUCAGUGCUAUUUAAUAAUAUAGCCAUGUUAAAAUUAAUUGAUUUUUGUGAACAAAAAGGUGUUUUGAGGUUAAGUUUUUGUUAUGUUAUGUAUUUUAUUUCUUCAAAAUUGAGUUUCAGCUGCCAAAAAUGCAGAAACCCUUUCCUGGCACAGUAUUGUAUUUUUAUCAUUUCACCUUGCAGAUCACCAGGGUUGCAUCAGAACUGAUAUCUUGUGUCAUAUAUGGGAUGUUUGGUAUUAGCCAUGUUUGGCCAUUUUGGAUUUCUGCUGUGUUUCUCCCUCCCUGGUUUUUACUGAGCUGUAAAUGAAGCAUUGAAUGUGCUCUUAAAUAUCCCUCCCUGCGUUGCCGUCUCUCCCUCUCUGUUCUCUGCUGCAUCUGUAGAGGAAGACAGAGCUCCAGAUGUAAAUUCUGUACGAUACGUUGUGGAAACUAGAAAUGCAGAGCCGAGACCUGCUGUAUGAUGUUUAAUAUUUAUUUCUAAAGUUUAGUACAUUUUCAUGCCCUUUUUUUAUUUGAAAUAUAAUUUCUUGUCCUUGAGUUAUCUCCACACUUAUUGGCGCCUUUGGAAAAGACGUGUAAGGAGGAAACAAAACUUAUAACAAACUUGUUUCUUGCAGAAGUAUAAUUUGACACUGGAAAAAUGAGAAAACUCCAACUUGUAUUUUCAGCGCAUUUAUUCAGUGUUUAGGGAGGGCUGGGGAAGAUCUCAUGUUUAGAAAUGUUUAUUUAAAAAUAAAAUGUCAGAUUUUUUUCAUGCCAAAUUCAAUUUCAAUUUCCAGUUUUGAAAUUUUUUUUCUCACUUUUUUUUUUUUUUUACAAAUGACAAAAAACUGGCUUUUAUUUCAACCAUCCGUUCUGUGAGUUAACCUGAAUAAAAAAGGCCCCAUAAUUAGAACCUGCAAAAUGCGCCAGUCAAACAAGAUGGCAGCUUUGGGUGGGCUGACAUCAUUGGGGUCAAUUCCAUAAAUUGACCCCAUAAAUCAUAAAAUCAUAACCAUUUUAUGAUUUUAUUUUGAUCAAUAAAAUCAAGAUUUUAUUAAUCUAUAAAAUCGAUUUAUUGCCCCCACAAUUAUAUGCACCUUUAACAAUUCCUAAUGAUAGUUCAUUGUACACUUUUGUAAGAUGAUCAGGGUUGUUGGAGAUCUCACACUGAGGCCCAAUUCUUUUAGCUGCUUUACAGAAUGGGAAAAACAAGAGAACGUGCCAUUCAUCAAAAGAUCUGAAUAUUGCCUAUAUCUGUGCCAGCAAAAAACCUCAUCCAAACUAGUAUGCAGUAAUCUUCUAAAAAGGUAUGAGCGGUUAUGUUCUGUUGGUAAAAUACAACUUCCUUUUGCUUCACUUGCUGAGUUCCAAUGAGUGUAUAACAUCAAUAUUUCUCUACAUCAGGAUUUAUUUUCCCCUUCGAUGAACGAAUGUGUUCAAAUUAAAGGUUAGAUUGGUGUGAUAACAUUAAAGCCUUACACCUCUCUACCAGGGGCUGCAAUAAGUGUGGGGCUCAGUGUUCAGAGCUGAGUGCAGUGGACCAAUGUUGACUCAAAUGUAAGGGAAAGUUUGCAAUGCUGCUCUGAAGCACCACUGGAUCAAACAGACACCACAGUGCACUGACAAUCAGUCACCCCCCUGACCUCCACCCGGCACAUAUUUUACAGACGUCAACCUGCAGAAAGUUUCCCCCACCAGGUGAACACGCUGCCAGAAAUGCACAGGUUGCACAUUUUACAGUGUGGAGACUUCUCACAAUAAAGUGGCUCUGGCUUGAUAAAUGUGUCAAAUAUUACGGUUGGAUUCUUUCUACGGACACAGUUGGGUGGUUUUUGUUGUGAUUUUUGUCAUUCAAGCACAGAGGCAUCUAUUUGCACUCAGCACAGCAGAGCGCGGUGUAGUUUAAUGAAACUUCUGUGAUUAGACCCAGGUUCAUCUAGAUUGAAAUUAUACUGAACAGUAAAACGUUUGUCCAGUUAAUCCUCAUAUUUGGGUCUUUUUGUAACACAUAAUCCAACACAGAGCUGACAAACAUCCCUAGAGAUGAACAGCCCCAAGUAAGAUCAGCCAUGUUAUUUUCUUUGAUGAAAUGCCAUUAUGAAGACAAUGUACAGGGGAAGUGCUGCAGAGAUCAUGGGUGUUUUUAUACCUGUGGGCAGACUGACUACCUGAACCCUGGCUUGUCUUUUUUUUUUUUUUUGCCUUUAUCUGAUGGUUUUAGCCCCAGAAAGGAGGCUGUUCAUGCUGAAACUGAUAAAGAUGUUAUUUUUCCAAAGCAUGAGGACGAUAAUUCAGGGUGUCCAGCUGUAUGAGUGUUCUGCAUUUCUUAGAAGUGCCCCUGGUUCAACACAGUUGAUUUGAGAUGAAUGAAAUAAUGUUUGCUAGCUUCAUAGACGGCUGUUUCAGGAACAGGAUAAAAUGCUGUUCUGGAGUACUUGUUCUCUGGUACUUGAGCCACUUUUUCUUAUUCCGCCAUGGGCAACUGUACAUUAAAAAUCCUCUCUGGUUGAAUCAGCGCAACAUGUAAAACAUGCAGGACACCAAUCCUUAAAGAUGAACUACUUAAAACUACCUAAUGUGACAUAUUUAUUCAUUUUUAGGAAAUCUGUCUCUACCGUUGACGUGGCUCAGUCCAAAACUAACUAUGUUUCACCAACAGUUAAACUGUAUAUACUUAUUUAUAAACUGGCAAAUGUAAGAAUUGUACAGAUCACAUAUCUUGUAGGAUUAUAUUUGAUGCUAUUCAUUCCCUUGUGAUUUUAUGAAGAGUGUAUAAAGAAAAUAUAAAGCACUGACAAAUGGUGGCCUUUUUUUCUAUUUAAAAUAUCAGACAGAAAUGUGUCAAAUGAAGCACGUUCGGUGAAGACUAAUUUCUUGUUCUAACUUGUGACUUUUGCAACAAACUAGUUUUAUCUCUCUGGCUGAAUUGGAGCAACAUGUAAUGUGGAAAAAGUCUGGAACUGUUUUGAGCUUUAAGCUAUGAAGGAGCAAUGCUUUUUGACCAGUGGUUAUUUUAUUCCUUCAAGAUUUUAUUUAUUAUUUUAUCCAUGCUGGGCUGUUUUAACUCAUUUUCAUCCACUCCAUGUAUUGUGCUGGACUAUAUAAAAUAUUUCUGCUUUAGGGAGUUUCAAUAAAGGUCACAUCCUUAGAGCCUGA